AUAAAUGUCAGACGAAAAAACAAAUGCGAGGGAAAGAAAAACAAAAAAAAAUCGCAGAUGGAAGCUGAAUGCAAAGGUUGCGAUAGACCAAGGAAGAAGACGCGGCGAGAGAUAAUUGAGAAGAAGAAAGCAAUCGAGAACAGGAUCAAAGCUGCUUCUUCGGUGAAAGAUCAUCUCGCUACUUGUCCGCAUUUUCGCCACUAUCGAGGAAACGGAUUGCAUGCGCAUUUGGAUUCAGGACGUGGCGAUAGGCUCCCUGUUCGUACGAAACAAUACAUACAAAACCUUCUUAAGCUGAACAUGGAGGCACCUUUUGGACCAGAGUGGUCAGAUGAAGAAAAGACCAAGAGACGUGAUAUGGUUGCGCCAGAAGCUCGUUACAUAUUUGUGCAUGAGGUAUCAGAUGAGGAUGCUGAUAAAGCAUUAGAGCUCAGGGACGUGGAGAGGCCAUGCAAUUGUAAGGGCUCUAUUGUUGGUUUUGUACAUUACCGAUUUACUCUGGAGGAAGAGGUGCCUGUACUUUAUGUUUAUGAAUUACAGCUUGAGCAUCGUGUUCAAGGAAAGGGACUAGGGAAAUUCUUAAUGCAAUUAAUUGAGCUAAUUGCUUCUCAGAAUGGAAUGGGUGCUGUGGUUCUAACCGUCCAAAGAGCAAAUCCAAUGGCAAUGAAUUUUUAUAUAUGUAAACUGAGGUACACAAUUGCUGCAAUUUCUCCCUCAAAAGUUAAUCCGUUGGGACCAGAGAAAAACUAUGAGAUACUUUGUAAGUCAUUACACAAUGAAGCUCAGGCAGUCUUGGAGGCGCCCCAAGAUACCACAUCCGACGCAUGAGACACCCAGAUUGCUGAUGUACUGGUGUAGCUCAGUUCUUGCCCAUAUGUCCUGGUAGCCCGAUAUUUGGAGAUGGCGCACGGUGGCCGGUACACAACCUGACGAAUAUCGGUCGUUCGAUGACAACACGCAGUACGACCCCGACUUCAGUACGGAUUCAUACGGUCUCGAUGAGUUGCACCGGAAGUUAGGGCUUUUGUAGAAUAGUCAAUUUUUUUUAUAACCAUUGUAACUUUUUAAAUCAAUGUAUUAUUUGUCGUUUCUAUUUAAUCGUUGUGUUUUUUAAUUAGUUUGCAUUUAUAUAUUUGAAAACAUUUAAAUUAAUUAACAAAACAAUAGUAAAACCUAUAGCGGCGCCCCAC